CUUCGUCUCUCUUUCUCAAUGCACAGUAACUGCUCGUUGCCACCAAUUUCUAGUGUAUAAUUUUUAUUUAUUUUCUCAACAUGGCGUCGAGGAGUUCAAGAGAGGAAAGGGAAGAGAGAAAAAGGAAGAGAACGCAAGACUCAAGCCAAGAAUCAUCAGGAAAGGCAGAGAGAGAAAAGCUGAACCAAGAUCCGCAAGAUAGAACGAUAGAAUGAUAGAAAGAGAAAGAUAGAAAAAUAAAAAUGGAAAGAUAGAACUGGAAAGAAAUAUAGAAAGCUAAAGAUUGAAAGAUAGAAAUAGAAAGAAAAAUAGAUAGAAAAAAUAGAAAGAAAAAUAGAUAGAAAAAAUAGAAAAAUAGAAAGAUGGAAAGACAGAAAACCAUUAUAGAACCUAAAGCAAGAUCGGGCGACUCAGGGCACCAACUCCACCCCAGACGCAGGAACGACCACAGGGGCUGCCAGGGAACCCAAGACCCCCCCUCCCACAGGGCCCUUCCCCUGGAUCCCUCCUGCUCAUCCCCCCCCCCCCACCCUGGGGACUCGGUUUCGGUUCUGGUCGCCAGCUGUGCAUUUAAGGGUGUUAAUGGGUAUAACUGAGGGUUCUAAUAAUAAAAUCCAGGCUAUUCUAAUUUUAACUUGAAUUUAAAGAUGUUGAUUGGGUAUAAGUGAGGGCUCUAAUGCGGACCCUCAGGCCAAUUUCUCCUGGGAAGCGGCUCUUGUGCUCGGCUGAAGUGAGUGGAAUCCGUGGGACGGAAAACAUCUCUUUGGAAGAUCAUUUUCUGCUGAAGAUCCUUUUCUCAUGAAAUGGGGAAGGAUUUCAGAAAUACAAAUAGUGCUUUUAACCGUAGCUGUAUUCUAAAAAUAAAAAAUAGAAGAUAAAAAAAAAUGCAUGUAUGAUGAACUGAAACACUUUACACAUGUUAGGACUGAACAUUUGAUAGUUACAAAUAUUGGUAUACGAAUAAAAAAGAAUAAAAAAAAGUUGGACGGAUAGAAUAUUCACAAGAGACUGGCAAUACUUGGUCAUGUCAUAAGGAGACGCAUGCGCCAAGGCAGCUUAUGAUGAGUCGCCAUUUUCGCCAUCUUCCAGGAACAGAGGAAUCCGGCGCAGGCGAGUGCCGGGGGGAGCCAAGCCAAGGUGCCAGAAGGAGCCAAGCCAAGGUCUUAGACGGAGGCGCUUGCUUUGGGGCGCGAGGAGAGGCCUGCGGUCGCCCGGUGCUGGAGAGCAACGCUGAGUGUCCUCGCCGACAGAAUGCCUUUGGCCUCACUCACGGACGGGGAAAUUCAUGGCACAGGAGUCUGUAUCAAAGAAGAGCUCACUGAAGAUAUUUCCGAGGAUACUUGUGUUGAAAUUAAGGAGGAGCAGUUUGAUUAUGCUGAUAAAGAGAGAAGAGAAUUGAGCGACGAGAAAGUGAAACGUAAACAUCUCUUCUCUCAUAAUCUCGAUGAACUAGAACAUGAAUCAAUUAAGGAAGAACAGUUUGAUUAUGCUGAUAAAGAAAUAACAGAAUCGAGCGACGAGAAAGUGAAGCGUAAACGUCUCUUCUCUUAUAAUCUCGAUGAACUAAAACAUGAAUCAAUUAAGGAAGAACAGUUCGAUUAUGCAGAUAAGGAAGGAGACGAAGCCAGUGACGUGGAAGGGAACCGCCAAUGUGUUUCUUUUCAUCGUCUUCCUGACCGAAAACACGAGGCAAAGGAUUCUUGUAACGCGGUUCAGGAUGACAGGUUAAGAGGCACACGAAUAGCUGAGGAUUGUGGGAACAAGCGCUCGUCGGAAAAGGAAUAUGGAGACAAGGAUAAAGAUUAUGGAAACAGGGAUAAUGAGAAAGAUUAUAGGAACAAGGAUAAUGAGAAAGAUUAUAGGAACAAGGAUAAUGAGAAGGAUUAUGGAAACAAGGAUAAUGAGAAAGAUUAUGGAAACAGGGAUAAUGAGAAAGAUUAUAGGAACAAGGAUAAUGAGAAAGAUUAUAGGAACAAGGAUAAUGAGAAAGAUUAUGGAAACAAGGAUAAUGAAAAAGAUUAUAGGAACAAGGAUAAUGAGAAGGAUUAUGGAAACAGGGAUAAUGAGAAAGAUUAUGGAAACAAGGAUAAUGAGAAAGAUUAUAGGAACAAGGAUAAUGAGAAGGAUUAUAGGAACAAGGAUAAGGAUAAUGAGAAAGAUUAUGGAAACAGGGAUAAGGAUUAUGGAGACAAGCGCUCGUCGCAGAAGGGCCAGGCGACGCACGAGGAAAAUCGCAAAGGCAACACCGAACCCGAACUCGAAGCGCCCCUGAAGCGCCUCGUGUGCGAGUUUUGCGGCAAGAAAUUCUCCCGAAAGAGGUACCUCACCAUCCACAUGCGAGUCCAUACGAAGGAGAAGCCCUACACCUGCGAGACAUGCAGCAAGGCCUUCUCCAAGAAAUGCAAUCUGGUGAGCCAUUCGAGAGUCCAUACGAAGGAGAGGCCUUACUCCUGUGAGAUUUGCAGUAAGGCCUUCCUCCUGAAGAGCAGUCUAGUGAGGCAUAUCAGAGUCCAUACAAAGGAGAAACCCUACACCUGCGAGAUCUGCAACAAGGGCUUUUCGCAGAAGGCUAUUCUAGUGAUCCACACGAGAGUGCAUACGAGAGAAAAGCCCUACACCUGCAAGACAUGCCACAAGGCCUUCUCGCAGAAAUUCAAUCUAGUGAACCACACGAGAGUACAUACGAAAGAGAAACCCUACAACUGCAAGACUUGCAAUAAGGCCUUUUCGCACAAGACUAAUCUGCUGAACCAUAUGAGAAUCCAUACUCAGGAGAGGCCCUACAGCUGUGAGAACUGCCACAAGGCUUUUGCACAGAAGACCAAUCUAGUGAUCCACAUGAGACUACAUACAAAGGAGAAACUAUACAGCUGUGAGAUUUGCAACAAAGCCUUCGCGCAGAAAUCCACUCUAGUGAGCCAUAGGAGAGUCCAUACAAAGGAGAAGCCAUUCAGCUGUGAGUUUUGCAGCAAGGCCUUCGCAUCCAAAUACGUUCUGGUAAAGCAUAUUAGAGUACAUACGAAAGAGAGGCCCUACACCUGUGACAUUUGCGACAAGACCUUCUCGCAGAAAAACAAUCUCGCGAAACACGAACGGGUACAUACAAAGGAGAAGCCAUACAGAUGUGAUGUUUGCAGCAGGGGAUUCUCGCAAAAGACCAGUCUAGUGAACCAUAUAAGAAUACAUACAAUGGAGUAGCCAUACCGCUGUGUGUGAUUUGCAAGAAGGCGUUUGUUCUCGUAGAAAAAAAGGAAUCCGGUGAAGCAUGUGAGAGUACAUAGAGUACAUAGAGUACAUAGUACAUAGGCAUGAGAAGCUACAUGGUACAUAGAGAGUAUAUAUUACAUUAUUACGAAGCUAAAUGGUUGUGAGAUUUGCUAUUGAGACAAUUUGAGAGUACAUAUAACGGAGAAGUCAUAAAGUCACUUAGUACAACACAUAGGAGUACAUCUCCACAAGGUUCAACAUAAAGCCAUUUCACUAAAGCAAAAGCACGGUAAAACACUUGGGAGUUCAUAGAAAGAAGAAGCGAGGAAGCUGCGAAAUCUCUCUAAUGAAUAGGAUCCCGUGAGUCUUAUGUGAGUAAGUGCAAGUCGAAACAUCAUGGACUAAGCUAUUCAGUCAAUUCGGUUGGAUAUUUGUUAUAUGUUAAACACGUUACCUGCGUCAUGACAACACCAAACUCCCCUCUAUUGUGGUAACACACUAGUCCCAGUGAAGCUAUGAGGAAGAAAACUAGUAUGUUUUAUUGUGCUUACUUUUCUACUCAUUCAUGUCCCUUGCUAAUGUAUGAAAGAAAAAACCAUAGCCAAUCAAUGUAUAAAAAGACAAGACAGAAAAUGAAAUAUAAACUUUUUUAAACUGAUCUUUGCGCCACCGGUGUCCCAACUCACACUGAGGAAAUAGCGUUAGUGGUACACCUGUGGGCCAAGACGCAGGUAACAUGUUAAGAUCGCAGGUCUUAUAUCUACAAGCAUAAUACAUGUUCUAACUCAGAGAAGACAUCUGUUGGGGAACUUGCAACAGUAUCAAACAGCAUGAUAGUUCAUCCAAAAGGAAUACACUGCUUCUUCUCAUUAUUGGGGAGGAAAUAUCCAAAGUUUUUAUUGAAUCUCCUUUUCUAAUAUAUGUUGUACAUAAUAUUCUUACUGUAUAGUUCGUUUUGUCCAUAAUAUACUUAUAUGCAUUAUGACCUGUAUUUAAUUCUCCAUGGAAUUUCUGUACAGGUAAGCUCAGGUAUGCUAUUACUAGGCAAGGAAGGUCAAAGGGGAAAGCUACUACAGGUCAUGGCAUUUGAGAAAGUGGCUCUUCAGUGUGGCAACUGAUGAAGAAGAUGGCCUUUUUUCAUGUUCUUGAUUACGAGAAGGAAAUUCAUGCAUUUCAUGUGAAAAUGAUGUGUGAAGUAUUUUGUUUUGAUGAUUAAAUGAAAGAAGACAGACACUUAUACACACACGAACACAUAUUACACAUAUACAUUCAUAAAUACAUUUAUAUAUAUAUCAUAUUUAUAAAUGUAUAUAUAUGCACAUCUAUACAUAGACAUAUAUAUAUAUGUAUAGACACACUUGCACACACGCGCACGCACACACACACACACACACACACACACAC